AUGGGGCAAAUAUUCUCUUAUCCAACAACUCCAAUAAACCCAAAUCAACAAAUUUCUUUUCCAACUGAACAAAAUAAAAAUACAAGUCCAUCAAAUAGUGAUUCUGAAAGCAUUAAAGCAGAUAAUAAUUUAAAUAAUCGUGUCCAUCUAACACAUGUUCAUCUACGUAAAGCUAAAUUAAUAUUCUUUUAUCAACGCUAUCCAAACUUUUCUGUUCUUGAAGGGUAUUUCCAAGAUGUUCAAUUUAAUGAACACAAUACUGCACAGCUUCUCAAUUGGUUCUCUAAUUUUAGAGAAUUUUAUUAUAUGAAAAUGGAAAAGUUUGCCAAGCAGGCAAUAUAUGAAGGGAUUAAUGAUCAAGAAGAGGCUUAUUUUUAA